AACGAUCCCGAUAUGAAGUUGCUAGACUUGUAUUCGAUGAAAAAGUUCAUAGAUGUCGAUACACUGAUGGAUACAUACCACAAAUUUGACAGCAGCGUAUUAUUAAUUGAUUAUCGUCCAUCACCUUCUUUCAAAUCGGAUCACAUCUCGCUAUUCACAAACAUUAUCAACAUCGAUCCCCUAUCCGUCAAGCCGCAAUACACCGUUCAAGACGUUAUCGAUCACUCACUCUUGUUGAGCACGUUCAAAGAGAGGGAGAUUUUCAUGAACAUUGCCCAAUACGAAUUGGUAAUAAUUAUUGAUCAGUCCUCAAUCCAUGCGAAGCUGGCACAGGACAUACUUCGUUUUAUCGCCAUAUUGGACGAAAAAAAUCAUGACUCAAAGUAUAGACUCAAGAGAAAGCCAAUCACUUUAGACGGUGGUUUUGAUGAGUGGGUGUAUUUCAUGAACAAUCAAGCCACACGGCAUCAUACCACUCAACAAGCCUUACCUAAAUCUCCAAUGACAAUGAAUGACAUACCCAAUCUUCAGCAAAAUUAUGUUCAUACCAAGCCAUUCCUAUCAAGGUCACCGUCGCCUACGGGAUUAUUCCCUACUCUUCCUAGCUCACAUCUGACUUCUAAGUUUGGUGGUGGUCUUUCCAAACAGCAAUUACCUCAGCCAACAAUGUUGGUGCCUAUUUCAUCGCCUUUAACAAGAACAAGAUCACCAUCACCAUCACCAGUGUUCAGACCCACCGUUAAGGUGGCUCCUUCAACGUCGUCGUCUUCCCCUAUUGUGCAUAGAUCUAACAAUACUCCAGUGCUACAGGUUUCUUCGGUGAAUACCCCUGUUCGAUCUGCCUCUCCUAACAAAUCACCCUUUCUUGUUUCCGGGUUGUAUAAUCUAGGGAACUCAUGCUAUAUGAAUGCCUCUUUGCAGUGUAUGAUGGGAACAAAAGAGCUAACAAACUAUCUUUUGCAGGACAUUUAUCUCAAAUUUGUUGCCAAGGAUUCUAAAUUGGGUUCUCGGGGAAAACUGACAAAAGAAUAUCAAACUUUGGCAAAAACAAUGCUGGCAAACACGCUCAAACAUGUGGCAACUAAUCCGAAAAAUUUCAAGAAAGUGGUAGGCUCGGUUAAUUCUGCAUUCAACAAUUGUUACCAGCAAGACUCAGCAGAGUUUCUCCAUUUCAUUCUUGAUACGAUCCACGAGGAUUUGAACUGGUCUGCAAAUAAAGAGUCACUUCCUGCCAUUACAGAUGAGGACGAGGCUAACAGAGAAAUUUUGCCAAUGAGGCUUGCAUCUACUAUUGAGUGGGAAAGGUAUUUGAAAACAGACUAUUCGACUAUUAUUGAAAUUUUUGCGGGUCAGUAUGCGUCGAGGCUAGAAUGUGGCAACUGUCAUAAAACAUCUACAACAUACAUUCCAUUCAAUAUGCUCUCUGUCCCAGUUCCUAGUCAGAAAAAGGAAUUGAAUUUGUACGACUGCAUUGAUAGUUUUGUUUCUCCUGAAAUCCUAAGUGGAGACAAUGCAUGGAAAUGUCCAAGAUGUAAAGGGAGUUUUAGUACAAAAAAGGAAUUGACAAUCACUCGCUUGCCGGCGGUGUUAAUUGUUCAUCUUGAAAGAUUUUCUCUUUCAUCAGGCCCCAAUCUCACGUUUGUGAAAAACACCUCGAAGAUAAAUAUACCUCUGAAAAUGAGCAUGAAACAGUACUGGCCGCAAAUUCAAGACGAACAGGAAAGACAACAACUCAAAAAGUUUCCUACUCGGGGACAGGAGGGAGAGUGGGAGUAUAGCUUAUACGGAAUUGUUCGACAUUAUGGUACAUUAGAUGGAGGACAUUAUAUUUCAGAGGUAAAGAAAAACGGGACUUGGGUGAAAUUCGACGAUGAUAAGGUAAAGGUGAGCGACACUAUGGGUAAAAAGGGAGAAAGUGACGGUAGUGCAUACAUAUUGUUUUAUGAAAAAGUA